AUGAAAGCUUCAUCCCUACGGAGGGAAAUCAUUGGGAUUAAGCAACAUAAGAGAGAAGCUUUUCACACAUAUUGGGAAAGGUUCAAGAAACUUUGUGCCCGGUGCACAAAGCAUGGAAUCACCGAAUACCAGCUCCUCCAAUAUUUCAUUGAAGGCAUGAAUCCAAUGGAAAGAAGACUUCUUAAUGCCUCCAGUGGCGGAUCUUUACCCGACAAGACUCCCACCGAAAUCCACAACUUGAUCAAAAACAUGGCUGAAGAUUCUAAACAUUCAAGUCAUGAUGAAGAAUGGUACAUGGAUGCACCCCGAGGUGUAAAGGAAGUCCAAACUCCUCAAAUUGAAGCUCAAUUGUCCGAGCUUAUAAAAGUUGUAAUGAUGCUAGCUAAAGACAAAGGUGUGCAACCCACACCCCGCCCUUGCGGUAUUUGUACUCAAGUGGGACAUCCAACCGACAUGUGCCCUCAACUUCAAGAUGAGGAUUAUGAAGAAGUGAAAGUCAUGAGAGGUUAUUAUGGGUUGAACCAAAGGGGACAUGAGCAACCACGAGGUGAUCAAAGAUGGAACAAUAAUCAAGGUUGGGGAGGAAAUCAACAAUGGAGUUAUCAACCAAGUCAACCACAUCAAUACCAACAAAGACCACCUUUUCCACCACAAAACUUUCAGCCAAGGCAGCCACAACACCCUCCUCAACAAGCAGGUUCAUCAAAUAUGUCCUUAGAGGACAUAGUGAAGAGUUUGGCAACUAGUACACAAGCUUUCCAACAAGAAACAAAAGCAAGCAUAAAGAACUUAGAGAAACAAGUUUCACAGCUUGCUACUUCCGUAAGCAAACUAGAAUCUCAAAGAAAGUUGUCUGCCCAAACUGAAGCAAACCUAAGGCGCAACGUGUGUGCGAUCACAUUGAGAGGCGGAAAGAGCUAUGAUGGUCCAAAAGUGCCGGAUGAUCAAAAGGAAGAAGAAAUAGCGGUCGAAGUGGCAACCAAAGAAGAGAAGGAGGAAGAGAAAACAAUAAAAAAGAAGCCCUUCAUCACUGAGUCUAAAGCCACACAUGCUCCAUUUCCUGAAAGAUUAAAGAGCACGAAGAAAGAACGGGAGGAGAGUGAGAUCAUGCAAAUGUUCAAAAAAGUUCAAAUCAACAUUCCACUCCUCGAGGCCAUCAAGCAGGUACCUCGAUAUGCAAGGUUCCUUAAGGAUCUUUGUGUAUCUAAAAAGAAAUUAAAAGGAAAUCAAGUCGUAACAGUUGGGGAGCAUGUAUCUGCGGUUUUGCAAAAGAGGAUGCCCCCGAAGUGCAAGGAUCCCGAUGUCUUUACCGUGCCUUGCAAAUUGAGGAAUCUUUAUGUACUCCGAGCUAUGCUUGAUCUAGGUGCAUCCGUAAAUGUCCUACCAUAUUCUCUUUUCAAAUCAAUUGGUGUAGGAACUUUGAGCAAAACCGGUGUGAUCAUCCAACUUGCUGACCGGUCUUUGGUACACCCAAAGGGAGUACUAGAGGACGUGUUAGUGCAAGUCGAUGAACUUGUCUUCCCGAAUGAUUUUUAUGUCUUAGAUAUGGGAGAUGAUGACUCUCUAAGUUCAAGUUCCAUACUUUUGGGUAGACCUUUUCUUAAAACUUCUAAAACAAAAAUUGAUGUCUACAAUGGAACUUUGAGUAUGGAAUUUGAUGGUGAAGUUAUCAACUUCAAUGUUCAUGAAGAAAAAAGGGACAAAGCCAAAGAGAUUGCAAAGAAGUUUGAUAUGGAUAAUGAGGUGUUGGAGAUUUUAGAGUUUAUUGAUGACAAGAAGCAUAUGAGGAGUGAUGAUAUGAAAUCCAAGCCACCUACUACCAAAGCCAAAUUCCUUCCACCGGUAGAACAAGUGCAAGAUUCAGGAGCAAAAACCCCACCAAGCCCUUUAAAGAAUAUUCAUGGUGCGAAGGCAAGCUUGGGGAGGUUGAAGAAGGUCUUUCUCAUCAACAACAACGCAUUUCCACUAACGAUUCAGUACAAUCCUUCCAAUUCUUCACUUGUGGAUUUUGUGUUCUUAGGUCAAAUUGUAUGCAAUUGUGGUCAAAUUGGACUUGAUUAUCACUUGGAAAUCAUUCAAAACCAAUUUUCCCGCGAAAUUUUGGUGGCUAAGCUUGUGUUGACUGGACCCAUCAACAGUUGA